GUUCGACAGCACGCCCCCUGCUCGGCCGUCCCGGGCGCAGAACUUGGUCCGCCCGUCGCAGCGCCUGGCCGAGGCAUCCAGCGCCGCCGAGGGGUAUCCGGCGCCCGAGGGGGUGCCCCCGCACGUCCGGGCGCAGAUGGAGCAGGCGCUGGCGGCGGCCGCCGCCGCUCGGCAGGAAGCCGCCCAGUCUGCCUCCGAGCUCGACGAGGCCAGGCGCGAGCUGGAAUCCGUCCGCGCGGAGCUCGCCGCCGCGAAGGCCGGCGCGGAGGCGGCCGCCGGCGCCGCGGAGGCCACCGCGCGGUCGCUGCGGGCGGAGCUGGUGGCCGCACAGGCCGACGCCGCGGCGGCCGCGGGCGCCCACGCCGCCGCGGCGGCCGCGGCGGAGUCGCUGAGGGCAGAGCUGGCCACGGCGCAGGCCGAAGCCAAGGCGGCCGCAGGCGCCAGCGCCGCCGCGGAGACCGCGGCGGAGUCGCUGAGGG